AUGAACCGAGACCAAAAUGAGAUCAAAUUCACUACUCCUGGUUUUAUCUCAUCCUCGUUUCCUGCCCUUGGUUUCCGUCCCAUGCCACUACAACUCUUGACCGACGAUGAUACAUUGAGUAGAUAUACAUGCAAGAAACUUUCAUUCAGUGAGAGUGCCAUAUCCAACAUGAAAGAAAAGGCCAUCAAGAGUGGAAGAAUUGGCACACGUCAAUUGUCGAAGUUACAGUUGGUAACCGCGGCCAUUUGGAAGGCUUUCAUUGGUGUUGAUCGCGUGACACAUGGUAAUCCAAGAGAGUCUAUACUCUUCCAGCCAAUAAAUCUAAGGGAAAAAAUGGCUUCUUCAAUAUCCAAACAUGCUUGUGGAAAUAUUUGGGGGAUUUGUGCUACGAAACCUACGAUUCUUGAAACAACUAUAGAACUAGCGAAUCUUUUAAACGAUUCUGUCACGAAAGCAGUGAAUGACUACUCAAAGGUACACCAUGAUAGCGAACAAGGUCAAACAAUGGUUUUGAAUUCUAUCUUAGAUAUGACCAACAUUCCUGAAUCAACAAAUGUAAUUCCAAUAAGUAGUUGGUGUAAGUUCCCUUUCUAUGAAGCUGACUUUGGUUUCGGAAGGCCCAUUUGGGCGGUUCCUGGGACCGUGCCUGUGAAAAAUUCAGCACACUUGAUCGACGAUGAGGAAGGUAAUGGAGUGGAAGCAUUCAUCUUUCUAGAUGUUAAAGAUGUCCCUUAUUUUGAAGAAGCACUAGAUAACAUUUUUAGUGCCUAA